AUGAGUGUGGUCGAGGAUGGCCCGUUAUUCCGUGCCACGAUGAAAGCGCUGGAACAAAAGACGGGCAACAUGCGCUCCAAGAUCAAAAAAGUAUUAAAAAAAGCAGAGGCUGCAUACCAGGCCCAAAUGGUCUGCAAUGAGGCUGUGGAAGCGUUUCUCUGCGCUCUUGGCGAAGCGUCUACGUCAAACUCGAAUGCGAUUCAACCAGCCUUGGACCACUACUUUGAGAAGAUUUCACGGCAGAUACUGAAUUAUGAACGGCUAAAUGCUCUACAACUUCAAAGACUGGUCAUUGAGCCACUGCUCAAGCUCUAUACUAAUGACAUCAAACAAGCCGAGGCAAAGAAGAAGGAGUUUGAAGAAGAGAGUCGGGAUUAUUACGCCUACGUCGGUCGCUACCUAGGACAGCGACAGGACUCUCUCAAGGAGAAGAAACGAGCCGAGAGUGACAGCAAGUAUCAGGCGAAACGACGCAACUUUGAACUGAAACGGUUCGAUUACUCUUCGUUUAUGCAAGAUCUUCACGGUGGCCGCAAAGAACAAGAGGUUCUCUCCCAUCUCACAAGAUUUGCUGACACACAAGCAAAGACCUUUCUGGCAGCGGCGAAAAACGUGGAUGAUAUGGUCCCACAGCUGGACGCCCUCAUUCAUGAGGUUAGCCAGGCAGACAAAGAAUUCCAAUUCCAAAGAACUGAACGGGAGGAGAAACGAAGGGCGCUGGAAAAGAGCAGCAAUACCUACCUCGAGCCUGACGCUUUGACUACUUCGAGUGCGGCGUCAACCCUUGUUGGCAGCAGUAGUGGCGGAAAUCAAAAGUCAGAGGGAGAUCUGGGCCGUGCCGACAGUACGGGAUCACAAUUGAGGAGUGUUACCAGCAACAAUUCGUCCACAUCCACCCAGGUUGCCACGUCGACGAAUCCUGCUCCAACAUCUGUCAACUCGGCCGUGAAUUCGAGUAGUAUGUAG